AUGAGAAUCUUGAUUGGGCGGCAAACGCUUAAUCCCUAUUACCGUCUUGCUUACGUCAUGUCAAAGUACGUUUCUCUAUUCCUCCUCUUCACGGCGGUGGCGGCACUCAACACCACCGCCGUUACGGCCGCUGCUAUUACUACAACUUCUACCAAGUCCCGCCACCUCUCCUCCAUAAAUUCCCCGUCGCCGGGACCUUCCCCAUUGAUUCAACCCCAACACCCUAUCCCUCAUCCACCAAUUUCACCACCACCACCACCGCCAACCAUCUCUAUACGAUCACCGCCUCCUCCGCCUACACGACCGGAGUAUAUGCAGCAACAACAACUCAAGAACAUAAUCGACGCCCUAAUCGGCGCUGGCGACUUCGCAGCGUGGGCAAAUAUCCUCUUUAAUCCAAAGAUAAAUUCAUCGAUCCCCACUAGCACCACCGCCGCACUCAUCCCAACCACCGCCACCAUGUUUGUCCCCGGCAACGAUGCUCUGUCCCACCUCUCCGCCUCCGCCACCGGCGCCUACAAUUUCGACCCGUUCAUCAUCCCUUACCACAUCCUCCCACAACGACUCACGUUCUCGGAGCUUCAACUCUUCAAAACCCAAACUCGAUUACCCACACUAUUGCCCUCAAAAACAAUCAUAAUCACGAACAAUACCCCUUCCAAUUUCACCAUUGAUGAUUCCUUGAUCAUGCAACCUGAUAUUUACCAAAACCCCGCCGUCUGCGUCCAUGGUAUCGCAGCCAUCCUCGACUACACAAUGUACGGCGAAGCUCCUCCGGCUCCUCCUGCUUCACCACCGCCCCCGGCGUCGACGCUUGAUGAAACGGUAACUCCGUCACCAGAAGUUGCAAGAAAUUGUAGUUCAGAUCAUGUGUUUUCCGACGAUGAUUUCUUCUUCGUUAUGAUGGUAAUUCUUGCUUGCGUUGUUUUUAUCCCUAAUCGGUAG